GCGACGCAGCUGGUCCGGUCUUCUGGCUGUUGUAGUUGAUAGUCGACAUAUAAACCAUCCAGUGUACGUCCUGGAUGUCAAAUAUUGACAUUAUCAUUAUUUGUCAGGAUGCCUCUGUACGACGUCGAGCAUGUUACGCCCCUGAGCGCAGAUCAACAGCAGUCCCUGGCCCUUGCGAUGACUGCCCUGCAUUCAACCCGGUUCAAUACACCCAGAGCGUUUCUUAACGUGCGAUACACCGAUGUCUCUGGUCAGGUUGUGUUCCGAGGUGGCAAAAGAGCCAAAUAUAAUCGCAUCAUCCUGCGCACUCGGGCGGGUGAACAGCGGAGCAAAGAAAUGUAUGAUGACCAUUGUCGAGACAUCAUUGGAGUGUGGGAGGACACAGUCGGUAAGGAAGGUGAACUGGGUUUGAGGACGGUGUGGGUUAUGGCUGCAUUAACGACCGCCGUAGAGUGUGGCAUUGCCAGACCAAGAGUAGGCGAAGAAGGGAAAUGGUUGGAAGACAACUUGGACAAUUUCAGGAGACUGGCUGCAAAUGGCGACGAAGAAUUUGUGGACCUUGUCCAAGAGCUCGACUCGAGAACAUCGACCCUGGCGCAUGAGAAAUGAGCCUGAUUUCGUCUUUAACCCUAUCUCGUUAGGAUAGCCCAUGAGCAGAGUCAUGGUCAUCCCCAGGCCCCUUAUCAGCUCUUUUCCCCCUCCCUCAGAUACUCGGGCGAAGAACACACACCCCAGUUAGCCUCGCUUCUAUCCAUCAGCGGCCAUUAAAACCCCUGUCCCUUUGGAACUGAAGUGAGGCUCGCCCAGCGAA